AUGAUCUCCGACGACGAGCUCUACCGCCUCGCCAUCUUCCUGGGCUCCUGCGCCAUGAUGAUGAUUGUUCUCUAUCACUUCCUCGACGUCAAUGCCUCGGAUGAAGAGGUGGAUUCGGCGAAGACGGGGGAGUCAGCCACGGUGGCUAGCUCCGCGGCGUCGCCAUCGGCUGAGAGCGCAGGCGCGUCAGCAGCUGCGCAAGGAAGCUAG